AUGGUCAUCCCUCUUAGCGAGCGCCAGGACACCAUUGGACCAUUGGCUCGGACAGUCAAAGACGCAGCUAUGUUGUUGCAAGCGAUUGCUGGUCCAGAUGAAAAGGACAAUUAUACCUUGGCUUCGCCAUUUGCAGCAAAUUUGCCCGACUACUUGGCAGCCUGCAAGCUGUCGGGGCUACAGGGCAAGCGUAUUGGUAUCCCUCGAAACGUCAUCGACUACCUAGGUCCCACAAAUGCUCCGAUAGUUUCGGCAUUCGAAAAAGCAGUCACUGUUAUAAGCGCUGCAGGUGCCAUAGUCGUGGACAAUGCGAACUUCACAGCGUACAAUGACUUCUAUGGCAGCCUGAAACCGGCCAUGGUCGUAGCGGCUGACUUUUCGACGAACAUCAAGAGCUAUCUGAGGAAUCUGGAGCAGAAACCAAACGGCCUCUAUAGCCUUGAAGACAUUAGGAGCUUCACCCAGCAUAUCGCAUUGGAAGAUUACCCGUCGCGCGACACGGGGGUGUGGGAUCAAACGAUUGCUUUGGGCAUGAACAACACAUCCCCGAGCUUUUGGUCCUUGUAUCAGCAAACCCUCUAUUAUGGAGGGGAAGGAGGACUCUUAGGAGCUCUGUCCCGUGACAAACUCGACGCUGUCAUUCUGCCCACUCUUGUGGGCUUCGAUAUCCCAGCUGUUGUUGGUACCCCAGGUAUCACUGUUCCUCUGGGAGCAUAUCCAGAUGGGACACCAGUGGAAUAUAACACCCGCGGUGACUUAAUUCAGCGUGCCCCUGGUAUUCCUUUUGGCAUCAGCUUCCUGGGUAAAAAAUGGAGUGAAGAAGAGCUAAUAGGGAUGGCAUAUGCAUUCGAGCAGAAGACACUCAUCCGUAAUAAGCUCAAGCGAUCUCUGAAGGUAGAUAGCUAG